UCUGAUUUUCAUCUCAUAAGUAUUUUUAAAAAAAUGAAAGCAAUGUCGAGUGCCUAUAGUUUGAAUCAACGAUCCUAACAAUUUGGAAAAUAUGUUUUUAUUGAUAUUUUGAAAUGAUAUUGCUAAGAAAAAUACGCUUACCUUUGGCCUCUUUAGGCUGGCGACUGCCUUACACACCAUGCAAUCGUUUCAGCUCGAGUUCAAAGCGCAGUGGUGCAUUUAAUUGGGUGUCUUUUGGUCUUGCUGGCUCAUUGAUGGCAAUAAUUUCGACCGGAGUAUAUUUUUACAAGGAUUACAAAAAGAAACAAUUUGAAAUGAAUCAUUUAAGAUCGCUAGGUAAACCAGCUAUCGGUGGACCAUUCGAUUUGAUAGAUCAAGAUGAAAAGCCGUUUACUUCGAAAAAUUUGCUCGGAAAAUGGGCCAUUUUAUAUUUUGGUUUCACCCACUGUCCUGACGUUUGCCCUGAAGAGUUAGAAAAGGUUACAAAAGUCGUUGAAAUAAUUGAUAAAAGACACGGAACCGGUAAACUGAUUCCUGUUUUCAUUACGGUUGACCCUGCCCGUGAUACACCUAGUCUAAUUAAAGAAUAUCUUAAAGAAUUUUCACCCAAAUUUAUUGGAUUAACUGGAGAUAAAAGGGCAAUCGACAGUGUCUGUAAAAGAUAUCGCGUUUAUUACUCCUCGGGACCCAAGGAUGCCGAUUCCGAUUAUAUUGUUGAUCACACAAUAAUCAUGUAUUUGCUUGAUCCUGAGGGACAAUUUUGCUCUUACUUUGGACAAAAUAAAUCUGCCAAUAUGAUAGCAGAUGAAAUAGACACAGAAAUAAUGAAGAAAGAAGAUAAAGGCUGGUUCUCUAAACGCUAAAUUAAUUCUUAAUCUUGUUUAUUGUAUUAAUAAAUUCAAUUGGAUGUUCAUAA